UAAAGGGGAAAGCCACGAGCGGUGUUGCUGCAUAUGAUCUUUUGUAUGUAGUCUGUUUCCUUCCAAUUUCCACCUCCCUGGAAAGAAUCGAACAGGAAGAGCUCGAAAGGGAAGGAAUUCCUGCAUAAAACCCCACACUUCGAGCACCCUGGAAGGGAGUGACCGAGCUCCGAUGACCAUGGCAUUCUCUAGAUUUCCAGCUUCACUCCUCCUGUCCCCUAUCGUCGUCCUCCUUUUCCUUCCUCACUCGAUCUGCCACCCUUCUCUUGAGAUCAAGAAAACGUCCUUACCAGGUGCAGGGAUUCAAGAUGGCUUGGUUCUACCAAGGAGGUUUGUUGCCGAGGUGCCACCUCCCGGCAAUCUUACAGUGGAUAAUAGCUCCUUCAUCCUGGCUGCGGCGAGGACACACAGAAAAGAUCCUUUAAAUGGAUUCAAGCGUUACACCGGUGGUUGGAACAUCAGUGAAAAACACUACUGGGCUUCUGUGGGUUUUACGGCUGCUCCCCUGUUCGCCAUCGCCUUGGCAUGGUUCCUGGGUUUUGGGUUGGCCUUGUUACUUAUUUGUUGCUGUUACUUCUGUUGCCGCCGGCGGACUUACUCAUAUUCUCGCACGGCCUACGCCCUUUCGCUUAUUCUGCUGAUGCUAUUCACAUGUGCCGCAAUCGUCGGAUGCGUGGUUCUGUACCAAGGUCAGGGGAAGUUCCAUAGCAGCACUUACAAAACUCUGGACUAUGUUGUGGAUCAGGCGAACUUCACCGUGGACAACCUUAGGAACUUCUCAGAGACUUUGGCUGAAGCUAAGAAGGUUAAAGUCGACCAAGUCUUCCUUCCAACUAAUGUCCAGGGUGAAAUUGAUGCCCUUGAAGCAAAGGUCAACUCUUCAGCAAAUAAUCUUGCCAGUCAGACAUCGGACAAUUCUAGGAAGAUAAGCCGUGUACUAGAUAGCGUGAGAUUGGAUUUGAUCAUUGUUGCUGCUGUCAUGCUCCUUUUGGCAUUCCUUGGGCUCUUAUUCUCUGCACUGGGACUACAGUUGCUUGUCUCCAUUUUGGUGGUUAUUGGGUGGAUUCUAGUGACGGGCACGUUUAUCUUGUGUGGUGUUUUUCUUAUUUUACACAAUGUGGUGGCUGACACAUGUGUCGCAAUGAGUGAAUGGGUUGACCAUCCUCAUGCACAUACAACUCUAGAUGAUAUUCUUCCUUGUGUUGAUGCUGCCACUGCCAAUGAGUCUUUGUAUCGAAGCAGGGAAGUUACCUUCCAGCUAGUUAGCAUUGUUAAUGGGGUGAUCGUCAAUAUUUCCAACAGGAACUUCCCUCCUUCGGUGCCUCUGUAUUAUAAUCAGUCUGGUCCACCGAUGCCUACACUCUGCAAUCCAUACACACCUGACUUGAGUAACCGCACUUGCAUUUCUGGAGAAGUGGAUUUCAACAACGCCUCACAGGUAUGGAAAGGAUACGUUUGCCAAACCGCUAUUGUCUCUGGGUCCGAAGUAUGUACAACCAUCGGACGUGUUACUCCAAGUAUCUAUAACCAAAUGAUGGCAGAUGUAACUGUGAGCCGAGGAUUAUAUUACUAUGUGCCGUUCCUCACGGGACUGGAAGACUGCAGUUUUGUCCGAGAAACCUUUACUGCAAUACACAAGAACAAUUGCCCUGGCCUUGAGCAGAACAGCAAAUUGGUCUACAUUGGUCUUGUGAUGGUAUCGGCUGCAGUGAUGUUAUCGUUGGUUUUCUGGGUGAUUUAUGCCAGGGAGAGGAGCCGUCGCAAGUUUAACAAGCGGUUCUACCCGUAAUAAAAGGAGCCUUGAGUUUUCGACAGCCUUAUGAUUAUAAAGUUCUCAUACUAAUUUGAGUGUAUCUGUAAUGAUAUACGUAGUUGAUUAAGAUUCACGGUGUAAAUCAUACGAUGCAACUUCUAGCUGUCCAAACAUUUUCAAGCUGUACAUAAUAAAUGUACAUCUUAGUUUGUAUAGAAUUAGUGAUGCUUUGGUCGAUCGC